ACAGGAUAUUAGACAUCGGCUUCGAGGAGGAGAUGAAAGCCAUUGUCCGACUCUUACCGCAGAGGAGACAGACGAUGCUCUUCAGCGCUACGCUCACGAAGAAAACGGAUGACUUGAUUGCUGUGGCACUGAAGAAGGAACCGCUGUAUAUCGGACUCGAAGAGUAUAAGGAGACGGCAACUGUCGACGGCUUAGAGCAGGGCUUUGUGAUCGCGCCGUCCGAUAAGCGAUUGCUUCUGUUGUUUACGUUUCUUAAGAGGAAUAGAGCGAAGAAAGUGAUGGUCUUCUUCAGCUCCUGUAUGUCCGUUAAGUUCCACAACGAACUCCUGAAUUAUAUUGAUCUGCCCGUUAUGUCCAUUCAUGGAAAACAGAGGCAAACGAAGCGGACGACAACGUUCUUCCAGUUCUGCAAUUCAGACGCCGGUAUACUGUUGUGCACAGACGUGGCCGCCCGGGGUCUCGAUAUACCGCAAGUCGAUUGGAUCGUACAGUACGACCCGCCCGACGACCCAAAAGUA